GUAAUUCCUAAUAAUUUUCUUGUCUUUUUUAUUUUGUCAUUAGUGAAAUACAAUAAUCAAUUAAUCACGCCAUAGUAAAAAUGUCAAGAACUGAAGAAUUUACUCCGCUCCGCUCCUCCAAUUCCUGUAUGAAGAUGAACCGGCGUCCAUAUCAAGAUGAGAUUUCUGCAAAUUCGAGUUAUUUUUGUGGACAAUUUGGUCUCUUCAGUCUCGUCUCCUCUCUCAUCACCCACCGGAGAAUGAAGAAUGGAAGAUCAGGAUCAGCUAAUGACUUCUGCUGAAGAUUCGUGUCCAAAAAUGCUGCCCAGAGUACGAACAUGUAUAUCUAACUAUGUUGAAAUUGCACAAUUGCACCGGUGAAAAAAUGUUCACGAGUUUCGAUCCUUUUGAAAGUAAAAAUCUGACGAAAUUUCUAUCAGAAUCUUGUAAUUUCUACGAUAUUUUUGAAAAAUGGCAGAAAUAACUGAAAACGACUGGUUCAUUCCACCGAAGAAAUACGAAUAUUUGGAUCAUACAGCCGAUGUACAAUUGCACGCUUGGGGUGAUACUUUACAAGAAGCUUUUGAACAAUGUGCCAACGCAAUGUUUGGAUACAUUACUACGAUCGAAUAUGUUGAAAUGAAAGAUACACUCGAUAUCGAAGCUGAAGGACACGAUUUAGAUUCUCUAUUGUUUCAUUUCUUGGACGAAUUCUUGUUUAAUUUUUGCGCCGAGCCAUUCUUUAUAGCCAGAAAAGUUCAGAUUCUUGAAUUCGAUACUGAGAAUUUUCGAAUCAAAGCUCGAGGAUUUGGUGAAACGUUUGAGAUUGGUAAACAUCCUCAAGGAGCUGAUAUCAAAGCUAUAACUUAUUCUAAUAUGCAGAUUCAUCAAAAUGACGAUAAAAGCGAGGUUUUCGUUAUCGUAGACAUAUAAUGGAUGUUUCGAGGAGACUGAAUACGAGAAAAUGAAAUAUCAAUGAACGUGAACAUAUGGAGGAAGUAUAAAAAGUACUGAACGAGUAUUGAAGAAUAAAUUUAAACAAAAUUUAAGCAAUGUAAUACGAUGUAAGUAGAAUGAUAUGGAUUUGUGGGCAAAUAAGUCGGAAAAAGAACAGAGAAAGAAUGACUACUGGAGAAUCAAGAUCGAGUACAUAGACAACAGAAAUCACGAGGUCUUUUCCAGUACUCAGUAUUAAUUUUUACGAUUUACCUAGUUAUGAUUAUUAUCUGAAAGCAUAUAUGAAAUAGUGUAAGAUAAAAUAUAGUAAAUUUAUUAUAUUUGGCUAAACAUAACGAUACCAAGUAUUCGCCUGAUAUAAUGUACCUACUUGAUAACGGUGCAUGUAAGCUGUCAUCUGCUAUAUUUUUUUAUUAAAUUUGUAACAUGGCGAGAAAAA